AUGCCUGUCCCCACUACGACUGCGACAACAACAACCGAGCAGCCGACGCUCAAGCUCCGCGGCGCCAAAACGCAGGCGUCGACGGCCGUCUUCCCCGACCUCGAGGCCAAGGGCAAUGUCAUCCCGCGCGAGCGCGCCGAGGCGUACGUUUCCGAGAUGUACGCCUGGCUCGAGUCCUUCGGUCGGGGCUUUGACCGCAACGACCGUUCGACCUGGAAGCCAGAGCAUCUGCCCAUCUUUGAGCGCGGCGGCCUGUACCACCGGUACGGUGUGGGCCACGAGCAGUUUGCGUGGGACAUCCGCUCCGAGCCCGGUGUAAUCGACGCCUUUGCGAAGAUCUGGGGCACGGACGAGCUGCUGGUGUCGUUUGACAGUGCGAACAUUUCGCUGCCGUUUGGCUCCUCGCUGCGUGCCGAGCUCGCCAAGCCGUGGCCGCACUGCGACCAGUCCCCCGCCCGGCCGUGGCUGCACUGUGUCCAGGGUAUUGUGAAUCUGCACGAGAACGGCGCCCAAGACGGAGGCCUGAUGGUGCUCGAGGGGAGCACGCCGCUGUUCGAGCAGUUCUUCGCGGAGCACCAGGACCUCAUGCCCGAGGGCGGGUGGAGCGACAAGGACUGGUGGGACCACAAGAACGACGCCAGCCUGCAGUGGUUCUACGACCGCGGGUGUAAGUGGCACAAGGUCGAGGCGGGGCCUGGCGAUUUGAUCCUCUGGGACAGCAGGACGGUGCACUACGGCGACGUCGCGAGGGGGAGCGAGCCCCGCAUCGCGACGUAUGUGUGCUACAAGCCUGCGGCGGAUAUCUCGGCCCAAAUGCUCAGGGAGAAGCAAGAGGCGUUCGAGAACUGCUGGGGAAGCACCCACGAUCCCAUCGACUUCCGCAUCACGGCGCAUCAUAGCCCGACCCGCGGGUGGAAGCUCGAGGAGGGCGAGAGGACCAUGCCCAGGCAGAGGCCCGUGCUCUCUGAUCGCGCGCUCCAGCUUGCAGGCGUCAAGUCGUACUAG